GAUUGGGUACGGAACUGAGGGGGAAUAUGCAAGGCAUUGAGGCCAAAGGACUUCUACAAUAAAACGGAAAUAAUAGAAGUUCCGAUGAAGCUGUUAAUUGGAGAGAAAUAGAAAUAUUGAAAACUACCAAGUACAAUUUUCUGUUGGUUCGCGUAGGAAUGCCCCUUUUGUGGGGAUAGUCGGAGUAGGAUCCGGAUGAUGGUCUAGGUAGCAGACAUCGUCAUGCGAUAUAUUACCAGUAACCGGGAAAUAUCUGCUGCAAUCCCCUUACCCAUCCAUGCAUCACGUUUUUCACAUCUCACAUACCUGAGUACUUACACAAUAUUAUGUAGUACUUGCAUGCGUAUCUGCGUACAUACCUAACCAAUAUCCCACGCCCCCCACAUCAUAUCAGCUCACAUCAUGUUCUCAUUCUGGCCCUUCACCCGCAGCAUCAGCAAUACCCACCCCUCAUCUACCUACAACUACGACCUCACCAUACCAGACGUCGCGGUCGACGACCUAGGGGUAGAAACGCGCCGUAUCGAAACCGGCACGCAUUCCACGACCGUGUACGGGUACCCCUCAUCCGGGGGCGCGUUGGUGCUUCCCUAUUGCAACGGGGUGGACCUGUCGUUCCUAGGGCUCUCACAUUUACUUUCCACCCCCUCCACCCCUAAUCCAGAAACCGAGCGAUCGCCCGACGAGGCGGAAGAAGACCGUCAUUGCAUGCGCAUGCGCCAGCUCGGAGCUUGGUCCUUUUAUAGCGCAAGCGAUUACUUCUGGACGGGGUUCUGCUCGCCCGAGGUUAUGGAUCGGAAGAAACUGGUGGUGGCGGCGUGGCCGUCGAGCGGGAAGGGAGUGUGCGUUAUUGCGGCGCGGAAGGAGGAGGCCGCGUCCCGCGGUUUCGCGUGGGUGUGGAAUGCGCUUAGUAUGGAUGAGAGAUGCACUGUCGUGCGGAAAUUAGGAGGGACGUUUUAUGAGGACCCGAGGGAGUGUGCGGAUUUAGAUUUGCAGGAUUUUGAAGUAGGUACCUGAGUUGGAGAGAAAAAGAGUGAGAAGGGUAAGGGAAGGGAAAUUCGAACCGAACCCGGGUACGGAACGGACUCGUGGGGGAGAGGGGUGGUUACACAGAUCGGAUUACUGUAAGGGGAUUAAUGGGGGUGAAAUGGGAGAAAAUUGGAAGGAAUUUGGAGACAUUUAUGAUUGGUUUGUUUUUAAUUAUUAUUUUGUA